AUGCCUUGGGCUCACCGUGACUACACGGUCGCCUGGAUCUGCCCCAUGGGCCUCGAGCUGGCCCCCGUCAAGGCCAUGCUGGAUCAUGUCCACCCGAACCUACCUACGCAGCGCGAUCAUAACAUCUACACCUUGGGUGACAUGGAAGGCCACAAUGUGGUCAUAGCCGUGCUACCGGAGACUGGGACGAACGCGGCUGCCGUAGUGGCGAUGCAGUUGUUGAACGAUUUCCCUGCCAUUCGAUUUGGCCUGCUUGUUGGCAUUGGCGGCGGAGUGCCGGACCAAGAAAACGAAGAGCGAGAUAUUCGGCUGGGAGACGUGGUGGUCAGCAAGCCGACAGACACUUUUGGUGGUGUCGUCCAAUAUGAUUUAGGCAAAGAAACCAACUACGGAUUCCAGCGAACCGGCCUGUUGAAUAAACCACCUCCGAUUCUGCGAGCGGCCGUCCAGCAACUCGUGGCGCAGCAUGAAAUGGAAGAAAGUCAGAUUGUCGAUCACCUGGAGACAAUGAUGGAAAAAUGGCCGAAAAUGAAACACAAAUAUACUUACCCGGGAGCGCAUCAGGAUCAAUUAUAUCAAUCGGACUAUCACCACCAGGGCGGAACCACUUGCAACGUGUGUGACGAAAGGCACAUGAUUAUACGAGAUGAGCGUCCUCACAGCCGUCCGUACAUCCACUACGGAACUAUCGCAUCAGCCAAUAAGGUCGUGAAGAAUGCCAGCGAGCAGCAAAGGCUAAAGACAGACAUGGAUGUUCUCUGCGUGGAGAUGGAGGCGGCCGGUCUGAUGAACUCGUUUCCGUGUCUAGUGAUCCGUGGGAUCUGUGACUAUGCCGAUUCACACAAAAACAAGAAGUGGCAACCCUACGCGGCAGCUACGGCGGCAGGGUACAUGAAGGAGUUAUUGUCCGUCAUCCCAUCACAGGAUGUGGCUCGAGUAACGCCGGCGACUGCGGCAAUGAAAGCGUCUUCCAUGAUUCCUCCACAGCCAGUGUCACGAGUGACAUCGGCGACUGCGACAAUGAAAGCGUCUUCCAUAAAUCCUCCACAGCCAGUGGCUCGAGUGACAUCGAUGGAGGUGGUCGAGAUGUCGAGCGAGAGAAAUCAACAAUCACUCCAAAGACAGACUUCGAACACCAUCAAACCCAACUUGGCUUCUCCCCGCUCGCCAGCCCCGACGGUGCCAAGUAAACACAUAUCAGCCUUACACAAACCCUUGUACAGAGCAAUCCAACAACCUUCACUUUCCCAGGUAUUAGAUUUUCUGAGAAAUGGACUGUCAGCUAGAAUCCUCAACUCUGCACUACUGUACGCAUGCCACGUGGGCAAUGUGGAAAUUGUGCGCCAAUUCCUCGAGCAUGGCGCACAUGUCGAGUCAUAUUCGGAGCAAUACCCGGAGGGUGUUGGGACAAGCGGAUCAGCGCUGAUUGUAGCUGCAUUGUGGCACCACUCCGAAGUCGUCGAAAUCCUUCUAGACAAGGGCGCCAAGGUCAAUGAAACACAUACAGGCCUUAGCGGCCGUAGUGCACUAAUGGAAGCCAUAUAUUGGCAUCGCAUCUCUCCCUUGUCUGCUGUCCGCUUCCUUGAAACAAUAGCUAUAUUGCUGGAAAGAGGGGCUGAUCCAAAUAGUAGUGAUGUGGGGGGCCACACGGCCCUCUGGUAUUGUGUAUCAAAUGAGGAGAUGCCGUUGAGAGUGCUGGAUCUACUGCUUGAGUCUGGAGCAGACGUACGUGAGUGGGCCGUUCUGCGCGAAGCUUGUAGUCUUUUCACCACGACCAAAUAUCUCGAGUGGCUGGAGAAGCAGGGUGUUCUGUUGGGUAACACAAGCGACGAUUCCGAGCCACCGUUCAUGUGGGCGAUCAAGAACGGUAGCGAGGAGAAGCUGAAAUUUUUCCUCGAUCGCGACGUUGUGGAUCUCGAGUGGACAAACGAUGCCGGCCAAGAUGUCGUGGGCAUGCUUGCUGCUGGAAUCCUCAGUAUUGACUCAACAACUGCACAAGUGCUUCAACUUAUCGUUGACAGUCGGCAGGGAAAGGCUUUGGAUCUGACAAGCUGGAGUGAAGCACUCGCCACUGCUGAAGCACGAGAGUCUGCUAGCGCUACCCAGCUUAAUAGACCCAUGCGCAGAACGCGAACUCUUGGGAUACUCCGGCAAGGGCGAGAUCAAGCCAGGUCGCCUUAUGACCAGACACAGAAACUAACUAACUGGGAGAGUCGGCAUUUGAUCGCAUGA